UUUGACAAACUGAAUGUGACGUGUUGUUUUCAAACGUAAACAUUUCUCACUAGGAUUUCCGGAUUUCCACGUUAUCAUAUCAAAUCACAGCCAAUUUCUUCGAAGAAUGUCGCGACAACAAGAAGUAGACGAAUUGUUCGAUGUCAAAAACUAUUUCUACAUUGGAAAUUUUCAGCAAUGUAUUAACGAAGCCCAAAAACUCCAAAAGCCUUCUUCUCAAGAUAUUGCUAUAUUGAGAGAUGUAUUCACGUACAGAUCUUACUUGGCUCAGAAAAAAUAUCUGGUGGUAUUGGAUGAAAUCAAACAGAAUUCUCCUGAAGAAAUAAGACCUCUGAAAUUAUUAGCAGAAUACUUCUCUAUUGAGCAAAAGCGCGAAAGCGUUGUCAGUCAGUUGGACGCUCAACUAGUAGGAAGUGCAAAUGUACCAUCCGAUACUUUCAUAUUGGUUGCAGCCACAAUUUACUUGAAUGAGAAUAACUUAGAUUCAGCCUAUAAGGUUUUACAUAAUUCUGAGUGCUUGGAAGCUUAUGCCUUCAUUAUUCAGAUACUUUUGAGAAUGGAUAGGUUAGAUUUGGCUAAAAAGAAACUUAAAGAAAUGCAGGAUAAAGAUGACGAUGCUACUUUGACUCAGUUGGCACAGGCUUGGGUUAAUACUGCUAUUGGAGGUGAUAAACUACAAGAUGCUUACUACAUUUAUCAAGAACUUGUUGAUAAAUAUGGGGCCACACCUCAGCUUCUUAAUGGACAGGCUGUCACAUUCCUUGGUAGGGCACAAUAUGAGGAAGCAGAAGCUGUACUUCAAGAGGCGUUAGAUAAAGAUUCUAAUUAUUGUGACACACUCAUAAACAUGAUUGUACUUCAACGUAACUCCGGCAAAGGACUUGAGGUCUCAAACAGAUAUCUUUCUCAACUGAAAACAUUGAACCCAAAUCAUCCGUAUAUUCAAGAUUUGAACCAGAAGGAAGCUGAUUUCAAAAGAAUUUGUCAAAAAUAUGGUCCUUCACAAACGAAAGUUCCUGCUUGAUUCUUUUGAAAUUUUUCAUUAAGUUAUAUGGUAUAAAAGAAAAAACAGAGUAUAAUGUUUAAAAGAUGUAUUGUUUAUAAAUAUAAAUAAAAUAUAUGAGUUUUGUGACCAAAGUCUUGUCA